AUUUGUUGAAUUAGAAAACAUAUCCUAGUUUUUUGUUUUUGUUUAACAAAUAUUGUGUUCUUAUUCUUGAGAACUGUUCCAAAAUAAACUCUUGAUGUUUGAGCAUGACUUUGUUAUUCUUUUAUUAGGUAUCGUUCGUCAUGGAAUUCUUGAAUGGGCAGUUUGAACGAGAUGACGUCUAUUUUCGCGAGGCGAUGCAGCUUUUGUCAGAUUUUAAUUGGAUCUACAAAUCCCGCAAUACUGACAUUUUAGCCGAUGGCAUUUUACAUUUCAUUCCGGACGAUUGGAUUCCCAUAUUACAACUGAAUUGCUUUGAAAAUAUCCAAAUGGUCAUCAAGGGUGAAAUCAAUCCUUCAUGGCCGCUGGAUCUUACGAAGUUUGCCGUGAGUUGCUGGCGUCUUUCAUUAAGAAUAAACUUGGCUCGAAAAGAAGAAGCCCUUUCAAAAUGGAAAAAAGUUAAUCCGAAAAAAAUACAUGAGGUUGUGAAUUUCUCUCUACUUAUCGGAGAAAAAUGCGCAGAGAAAGACAUCAAACAUGUUGUUGACAUUGGAGCAGGUUUGGGUUAUUUGGAUAAGGAACUGUCUGAUCGUUGCGACCUCCAUGUCUUAGGACUGGAACGAGAUGCGUAUCGAGUUUUGGCGGCCAGUCAACGUGCAACCGUCGACACACCAGAAAAUGUGCCAAAUCGAUGUCGUGCCAUUUUUAAAGAACUGGUAGUAAAAUCCGAAGAUACUUUAGAAGACCAAAUAGAGUCUGUUAUUUCCAACUGGUUCAAUGAACUUGAAGCCCAGCACGUGCCAUCCCCGCCUCUUUGCAUGAUUGGUCUACAUUCCUGUGGCGAUUUGAGCCCUAUCAUGAUGAAAUUAUUUAUGAACAUCAGGCACUUCCAUUCUCUCUUACUGGUGUCGUGUUGCUAUCAUCGAAUGGAUUGGAAAAAGGAACCGGUCGAUGAUAACUUAUUUCCUAUCAGCAAUAGCCUUAAAAGCAAUCAUUGUGAGCCGGAAGGCAUUCAAAAUCUCUUCCGUUUGGCCGCUCAGGAAACGCCAAAUCACUGGAUACAGCAGAAUACUUUGAACUGCCAACGUCAAGCGCAACACACCUUUUACCGAUCUCUAGUCCAACUUUACGCUAAUCGAGGCAUUCAGCUGCUAAAACAGCACAGGAAACCAGUCAAAAUGCAAAAAACAUCCGUUGGAUUUGAAGAGUACGUCGAUCAGGCUAUCCAAGCGUUCAGUCUACCAGGACAAAUAGCAGACCAUCGACAGAAACUUUUAGACAUUUACUAUUCAAAUGCCCGUCUUUUACCGGCGCUGGAAACUCUUAUUGUGUUGCAAGUGCUACUUCAACCGGUUGCUGAAGCGUUGAUUCUCGUCGAUCGAGUGGUUUAUUUACGCGAGAACGGAAUUAAUGCUUCACUUCAACAAAUAUUUGACGAUCGCAUAUCGCCGCGUUGUUUUGUCACCCUAGCAGAGAAAUCAAAAUCCUCCUAAAUUUAAUACCUUAUGCGAAGUCCGUGAAAAGUAAGGCUAAUAAAUGGGGGGGAAAAAAUAGUAAAAUGGGUUGCCGAAACCUUCGGUUACAGGCCAUUUGAAACCCCUCCCAGUUUCGUCUAGUGCGCGCUACGUUUCAUAUGCGAAUAAGAAUAACUAGGAAACAUGAUAACGGGAAUAGUGCCUUUACCUCGUCUCUUUUUUCUUCCUGCGGCUAUGCAAGCAGGGGGAGGGCAAACUACAAAGUUCAUUGAAUGGAAAUCGAAUCCCAGAGACUUUCCACUUGUUGUCAACUAAAGUUCCUUGGAUCUCUACUGUGGUCGUUUAAAACUGUACAUA